AUGAACGCUGACAGCAACCCUGAUGCGAAACAAACUGCAGCGGCUCUACUCCGAGAAAUAGUUCGAGAGAUUCUCAUGCGUGUCAAACUCCAGGAGCCGGGCCCUCAUGUCUUUGUGUUUGUGGUCCCUCUAGGACGGUUGACACAGGAGGACGAAGACACCCACAGGCUGAUUGAAGCCAAGUUUGGUCCCAGGGUGUGGGACUACACCAUCGUGCUGUUCACCCACGGGGAUCGUCUGGAGGGAAAAACCAUAAAUCAAGUCAUUUCCGAGAGCGAUGACAACCUUCGCAACUUCAUUCGCAAGUGCAGUGGUGGCUUCCACGUCUUCAACAACAAAAACCCUGAGGACCAGCUGCAGGUGACGCACUUCCUGGAGAAGAUCCAGACGCUGGUGGCCCUUAACGGAGGUGGUCACUACCACACAAAGCUUUAUCCCAAACAGGAACAGACAAUCAGAGAAAGACAGGAGAACAUCCUGGCAGAGAGAAGCAGAGCUAUCAACUGCAAGUUGGAAGGCCUCAAGAACAAUUACAAAGAAGAGGAGCUCAAGAUGAAGAUUAGGGAGCUUUGGAGAAAAGAGGAUGAGAAUGCAAGAAAGGAUGCAGAGAAAGAGAUUCGCAUCAGCAUGGUUUUCAGGGUCCUCCUGUUAUUGGCACUGAUGGCUCUGCUGUUGGGGUGUGUUCUGAAGAUUCCAGUAGGAUACCAGUUUGCAGGAGCAGUCAUUUGGAUCGGGAUGUUCUUCAAGAUCCCCUUGAAUUUUCCUAACAAAUUACCAUGGCCGGCAAAGAAAAACUAGUUUUUUCUAUCACAGUUACAUCUAUAAUGUCUUUUUGUGAAUUAUCCACAUCUCUGACAAAUGGAAAAGAAUGUCAUAGUGUUAGUAGUAAUUAAAAAUUACUUGUAUGUUUGUGUUAGUAUUGUUUAGUCGUCAUCAGGAAGAUUAAUUCAGUAACCUUUGAUGCAACAGUACGUUGAUGAUGUUUAGAAAGAAAUUAACCUUCUUGUUAAUGUGAGAUCUUUCAACAGUUAAAUAAACUGCAGCAGUGUAUUUUA